GGAACGAAGAGGGGAAGAGACUCGUCGUCCUCGUCUAGUAAAUAAGUCUUCUUUCUCCGUCCGCCAAGGCCCACCGAUCCGCACCCGCACCCAACCCAACCCGGCGAGCUCGCUUCGCUAGUCGCUACCGUCCGCUCCUCUCAGCCCGACGCCGCCGGCCGCCGCGCAGCUAGCGCCGACCCCUCCCAGCGGCGAUGGCGGAGGAGCUGGUUCUCGACACGGCGAUUCGGGACUGGGUCCUGAUCCCGCUCUCCGUCGUCAUGGUCCUCAUCGGCGUGCUCCGCUACUUCGUCUCCAAGCUCAUGCGGUCGCCGGCGGCCUCCCCGUCCCCCGAUCCCAAGCUCGUCAGGGAAGGGCAGGUCGUCAUCAGGGCGAGGAACCUGAGGACCAACUCGCAGUUUAUACCGGCCAAGGCCUUCAAGGCACGCAAGGUUUAUUACACCAACGAGGAAAAUGGAUUACUUCAUGUUCCGAAGGAAGAUGCUCAGAAAGCUCAGGCAGCCAUGUUUUCAGAUCCUAACAUGGCCAUGGACAUGAUGAAGAAAAACCUGUCCAUGAUAGUUCCUCAGACACUUACAUUUGCAUGGGUGAACUUCUUCUUUUCAGGUUUCGUUGCAGCGAAAAUCCCCUUUCCACUGACUCAACGAUUCAGGGGAAUGUUGCAAAAUGGGAUUGACCUGAGUACUGUUGACGUGAGCUAUGUUAGCAGCCGUUCAUGGUACUUCCUAAAUUUAUUCGGCUUGAGAGGCCUCUUCAGCCUGAUCCUUGGCGAAGAAAAUGCAACUGAUGAUGCCCAAAAGAUGAUGCAAAUGGGUGGUGGAUUUGGAUUUAACCCAACAAUGAGUUUGGGUGCGGAGAAGGACAGCUUGGAUAUCAUCCAGCAUGACUGGGCUCUACCAAAGAUGGAGCGGCACGCUGAGGAUGUGUUGAAGAAGCUGGUGAAGAAAUGAUGCGAACAUCUAGGCUUCUACGAAGCAUCACCGCAUCUUGCAAUUUUAGUUGUAGCCUGUUGGUUGACCCCAAAGUUUACGUAUUUCUAAUUGUAUUAUUUAUGAUCAUGGCUGGCUACGAUACCCUCAGAGACUGGAGACCUAGGUUCACGAGAACAUCGGUGUUUUGGUACCUUAGUAGAAAAGAUGUAACUUUAUAACUCGUUUCUUCGUACUGUAUGAACGGUGUUUGAGCAA